AUGACGUCAUUUUUCAGUGAUGCCGUCAUUUUUUUAAUUCUUUCUUUUUUUGCGCAUUUUUCUCGUUUAUUUUGUCCUAUUAGGAUAGCAACAAAAAAAAACAUUUUGUUUAUUAUUCGCUUCCUUUUCGUCAUCUUUUUCGUCUUCUUCGUUACUUUUAUUCUUUGUUUCUUUCCUUUUUUCCCUUUUCUUUCCCUUUUCUCUUUUUCUAUACAUCAUAUUCUUUUCUUUCUUUCUUUUCUUUUAUUUUCAUUUCUUUUCAUUUUCUUUUAUCCAUUAUACUUCUAUUCCUUCUCUUUAUUUCCAUUCCUUAUUUCCUUCUUUUUUCCGAUAUUUUUCUUUUCGUUUUUUUCGUUCCUUUUCUUUUAUUUCCUUCUUUUUUCUCUAUAUUUCUUUGAUUUUCAUUCUUUUUUCCUUUUAUUUCCUUCUUUUUUUCUAUACUUUCAUUCCUUUUAUUUUUAUUUCAUUCUUUUUUCUGUAUAUUUGUUUACGUUGAGUUUCGAUACUUUUAUAAUUAUUUUCUUCUUUUUUCGAUAUUUUCCUUCAGUUUUUCUUUUCUUCCUUUUAUUCUUAUUUCUUCCUUUUCUCAACAUCUUUCCAGUGUUCCAGUUUCAUUCUUUUUUUAUUUUUUUUAUUUUAUUUUCAUUCCUAUUAUUUUUCUUGCUUUCCUCUCUUCCUUCAUUCAUUCCUUUCUUCAUUCAUUCAUUCAUUCAUUCCUUCCUUUCUUCAUUCAUUCAUUCAUUCAUUCCUUUCUUCUUGCCUUCUAUUGAUUUCUUUUUUAUCUUUUCUUUCUUUUUUCUAAUAUUCUCCAACGUUUUCUGUUUUCAUUGUUUUAUUUUUUUUCACGAUAUUUUCUACUGUUCUCUUUCCCCCCUCUCUCUCUUCCUCUCUCUCUCUCUCUCUCUCUCUCUCAUUGCCUCUCUAUCUCUUUCCCUAUCUUUCUGUCUAUCAUCCACUCCCUCUACUUUUUUAUUUGCCAUUUCUUUCUUUCUUUAUCUUUUUUCUUUUCAUUUUUUUCUUUUUCAUUUCGUCAUAACAUAUUUGGACUAA